GUGCGGCGGCGCCCGCAGCUCCAGCAGUGACGGAGACCUCCAACGCAGGGGCGAAAGCAGAGGUACCUGCUGCAGGCCAGAAAACGGAUGGCUCUCCAAAGAAAGCAGAGGAGAAGAAAGAAGGCGUACAGAUUUGGAUCGGCAACCUCGCGGAGAAGAUCGCCACCGAAGAGGAGAUCCGAAAGCACUUUGGAGGGUUCGGCCAGAUCACUGAUGUGAAGUUCAAGAUGAACAAGAAGAGGACGGGUGACCUGAAAAUCUUCUAUGCCUUCGCGACCUAUACGACCACGGAACAGGCAAAGGCAGCUGUCGAUGCCAUGAAUGGCCAGGUGAUCGCUGAAGGAACUGAGGCUUUGCAGGUAUCGUUUGCGGAUCGCCAGAUGAUGGAAGGAAAGGGAAAGGACGGCAAGGGCGGAAAGGGCAAAGGAAAAGAUGCAAAGGGAGCAGGCAAGACCGGAAAAGGCAAAGGAAAGGGCAAAGCCGCACCCGGCCAGCCAACGUAUCCGUACUACCCCUACACUCCCGAGCAGAUUCAGUACGCCUGGGCGCUCCAAGCACAGUAUGCCCAGCAGUUUGAGGCUCAAGCCUUGCAG